UGAAACCUGCAUUAAUAUCGUUCGGUUUGCAUCAAGACCAUCAUCGUCCUCAUCAUCAUCAUCAGCAGCAGCAGCAGCCAUGUUCACUCGUUGUCUCCUACUGGUUCUUCUGGCUCUCUUCAGCUUUCAGUUCUCAACAGCUGAUAGCUCAAAAGGACCAACUCAGUGCUGUUUCAGAUUUCAGACACAGCCAAUUCCUGCAAAACUCUCUGUAGCGUAUGCAGUGACAGAGCUUCAGUGUACAAAACCUGGAGUCAUCUUUACCCUGAAUGAUGGUCGUCAGGUGUGUGCAGAUCCCCAACAUGAGUGGGUGAAGAAUCUCAUGAAAAAAAUUGAACAGCACCUGAACAAACCUACAGGGAAUGUUUAAAUCCUCUCUCCAUUAAUAAGACAUGCAUUUAUUAUUCCAAUUAUUAUUUUAUUGCCAAAUGCUCUUUGUUUAACUGAAUUGAAUCAUUUUUUUUAAUUCAGUAAUUCAUUUUAUUUUUAAACAUAUUAAAGAACAUUUUAAAUGGAACAUAAUUUUUAUUUCUUUUUUGCUAGUUUUCACUAAUCAGUAUCUUGUAUUCUUUCAUAUUAUUUCCUCUGAUUGUUGAGUUCCAUGCUACUGAAUUGCAUUUGAUUUGCUGAUGCACUGAAAAAAAAAAAAAAAAAAAAAACAGUAUGAUGUUCAUUAAUAAAUAAAGCUUUAAUCAUUGUCAAACCGCUGGCAGUGUGAGAGGA